AUUUGUUGCUACACGAGUAAAUGUACAGUAUUAUUUGCUCCUGCCGAUCACCUCAAGGUCGCAUUUCUUGCUCCAGCGUCUCACUCGCUCCUUCCGCGAGAACAAUCUGUCAACAUGAUAUGACUAGCACGAUUUCUCACUGCAAUUAUGGGCAACGAGCAGAGUCAAGAGUCGAGCGCUCAGACGAAGGAGGAGGAACCUGAACAGACCGAUCUCUCGGAUAUUCCGGACGACCGGGAUCCAGAUGAAUCGACCAUCAUGCCCGAGUCGCCAGAGGCCGUGAACCCCGCCUCGAACGGCAAGACUAAGAAGAAAAAGAAGAAGAAGAAGAAGAAGAAAAGAAAAGGGCGAAGAUCAGCCGGGGAAGAUACACAAGCGGAUAGUGCUGGUGAAUGGAGCAGAGUAAGCCAGCAUGUACCGAACGACGAAGAGAUACAGUCAUUGCGAGAACGAGAGCCCGAGGCCUUUUCAGUGUAUGCUUCUUCUCAAGUCGGCGACGUGGAUGAUGUUGGAAGAGCUGCGCUAGACGAUACUCGAGUUACGAAUUCUGUGGACGUGGACGACGAGGGCGAGGUGGCUGUAGAAGAGCGCCACGCUGAAGUCAAUGGCCAUCUCUCGGGAGAGGACAUACCUGGUGUAGACGAAGUCUCACCACCACACCUCACUAGUAACAUCCAAGCUACUCAGGACGAGGUAUUCCUGGCAGGUUCGACGCAAUCCGUGCCAGAGCCAGAGCGUGAGGAAGGUCGAUGGUUAUGUCCUUAUGCAGAGGUCUACGAUUGCGAGCAGACUUUUGCUAACAGAAAGGCUGCGAAACGACAUGCUGCGAUUCAUACCUCGACCUUUGUCUGCUCUGUUUGCGGCAAGAAGUUAAGCCGGAAGGAUACUCUUGACAGACAUUCCGCGAAGCAUAGUACGGAGGAGAUCGCGUCAGCAGAAGCUCACCUGAGGACAAGAUCAGAGCCAGUCGUCGUAGCGACGGCUUUCCAGACCCCAAUCGUCGAUGAUCAGCUGCAGGAGGAGCAGGACGAGAAAUCCCCGGAAUAUACCACGCCCCAAGAAACGUCUCAGGCGCGGCCGUAUACAAUGGACAGUGUAGAUGAUGACGGAUCGGAGAGUGCCAGAGAAGAUCAUGCGCCUGAUGAAGAGUCGGCCGACGACAUGGUUCGAGCUGUGGAAAAUGCUGUUCAAGAUCAGCUUGAUGCGCGAUCCGAGUCGACUAGGCAGGAUGAGCUAAGUAAGGAAGAUCAGGCUUUCGCAGAUGCCACCGACCCCGAUUCUGACCGUCAGUCAUCUGGCUCGCGGGGUGUCAUGAAUGACCAGGCGCAAGACGGGGUUCUGGGUGGAGAGCCCGUACAGAGAGCGAGACUGAAGCGAAAACGUGCUUCCGAAGAGUUGUCGAAGACCCCAGACCGGUCGACACAAGAGUCUUCUAAACGAAGAAAACUGGCACACAACACCCCACCACCAUCUGGUCAGUCGAAAGAGAAAGACGAAGGGGCAAACUCUGGUUGGGCAGCUGUAAAUUCUAUCACCGAGUCAACUCGUCGUGGGCAAGUCACGGAUAAGAUCGUGCCAACACUCCAGAAACGACAGAGUACAAUCGAUGGCUGGACUCAGAGAUCUACCUCCGCGUCUGGGUCGAGGCCUUCUAUGUCUGCUUCAAGAACCCCGCCGCCAUCUACCUCACAACGUGUUGAGGUCCUUGUUCCACGCACCAACCGAGCUGCUCCAUCUGGCAGUGACAAUGUCAGGGCCCAAAGCAAAUUUGCAAACGGAAAUCGUAAGUUGAAUGGAAAUUUGCAGUCGAAAGGCCUAGAGACUUUCGGUGCUAAGAGAGCCCGCAACUCCACGUACACCACUCCCAAAGGCAAGAAGCGAGCAGAGGCUGGCGUUAACUAUAUAUCUCCGGCGGCUGGCACAAGACAGCGAGCUGAAGGCGACGGAUCUGACUCGCAGCCUGAUAACAUGGCCACCUCUGUCGCUAAAAGGACAUUUUCAAGCAGUCAGUCCAGAAAGCGUUCCCGGUCACGAGACGAAGAAUCGAUGUCUGAGUACGAGGAGGAGCAGGCGGAGAAGUCUGAAGAUGAUCCGGUGAAGAAGAUCUCGGCCAGCCAACGCAGGCCCAGAGCCAACAGUACUGUCGAGUGUGGCAGAUGCCACAUGGCAUUCAAGUCGGAAGCAUCACUGAGAUCGCAUUUGAAGCAGCCCAACGUUCAUGCACGUCUCCAUGGUUGCGAAGAGUGCUCGGAGCAGUUCUACACCAUGAAGCUCUUGGCAAACCACGAGAAAGACACUGGACACGGCAAAGGCAAUGGCCUACAGGGGGUGACAGGACCAUUUAGUGAAAGUGAAGUGCAGAAACUCCAAAACUGGCGAGACACAUUUUGUGAGGACCACAGCAUCACUACCGAGCAGUUCAACGACAUGAUGACAGACACCUUGAAGCGACAAAAGGGAGAACGCUGGAACUGGCGCUUCAUCAGCAUGAAAGACUUCUUAAAUGAAUACUAUGAUGUACUCCCGAAUCGCAAUAGGCGGUCGAUGAUGCGAUACCGUGAGCGCAACUUUCAGAAUCUGGAAGGAUCUAAGAAUUGGACUGCACAAGAUGAUGAGGAACUUCUUCGGCUCUACAAGCAACUGGGCCCGAAAUGGACCGAAAUUGGUCAGCGCAUGACGAGAACAUUUGACGCUGUUGCUCAGCGAUGGCGGCACAAGUUACGGCAUGGCCACAUUGAAAAAGGAGAAUGGACCUCCGAGGAGAAAGCCAAAUUCAGCAAGGCAAUCGAAGAGGUCCGAAGACAGUCUGGGCCUGCAGCAGAUUCUGAAGGCUGGCACAUCCCGUGGAACAGAGUCAGUGAGAAAGUCGGGACCAGGAGCGCAAUACAAUGUUCUAACCACUACCGAGCUGCUCACGGUAAAAAGCAACAAGGUAGAUGGGUCAAGGUUGAAGGUCUCGAGAAAACGCCUGGUUCGAGCAGGAUACUGACCCCGUCGAAGAUGGAACGUCGCUUGAAAGGUGAGAAGGUGGUAGGCUCGAGUAAGCGUAUGCCGCUGUCACAAGAAAUUGUCCGAGAUGAGGAUGAAGAAGAUGAGGAGAUUGAUGAGGAUGGCGAGAUACGGUCAACGCCUGUCAAGGGUGGAGGAGCCUCCGAGCAAGCUGAGGACGAGGAGUCGGCCGAGGAAUCAUCAUCCCGUCAAAGUCGCAACCCGCUACAGGCGAAAACACCCAGCAAAACUCUCCAGGCAAGUCAGAUGUUUGGCCAGACUCAAGCGAAUACCUCCGCGAUUCGAUCCUUUCCGGAGAGCAGACUGAAGCUCCUAAGUCAGGACCGACCUUCCCCGAAUAUGCCCAUUCAGCGGCAGCAGCUGUCUGGCCGAUCACCUCUAUCGGAGAUCAAGGUCAAAGCAAACGGAGACCUUGAUCUCGAAGACGAGGAGAACGAAAGCGCAGAAGAUGUUGAUGAACAAGUCUAUGAAACUGGAGCCAAGGAGGAAUCUGACGACGAGGCAGAUGAGGAAUACGAGGCAGCUGGGGACGAAGAAGCGGCAGAAUAUGAUGCUGAUGAAGGAGAAGCCAACGAUGAAGAGUCAGAUGGCAAUGCCGACGAAGCAAGCAAUGAUUUUCUGAGCAGCAUCCAGGAGUCUGCCCAGCGAGGAAUGAAGCUUCAGCCCGCGAAGCGCAAUGGGUUGCAGGCGGUCGCGCUGUCGAGUAGGCGCAAGAAAUGGAGUUUGAGUCCGAGUGACAGUGAGAGCGGCGGAGAGUGAAGGGGGGCGGGACAGCCGAAAACUCUUUAUCAUGGUUCAGAUCGUUGGGGUCAACGAGCGUAUGAUCAACUAAAGACACCAGGUACAUAAUGUUUAGAGAUGCUUGAGGCAUGCAUGAUGAAUAUACCAUAUCA